GCAAGUGUCGCACACGAAAACGAAGAGCACCACCCACCGCAAAUCCCGGCGGGAUUAAACUCCUUUCCCCCCAUUCCAACUACCCUGACCGAACCCAUCUUCUCCUUGCUCGGUUGCUCAUCCUCCUCCACCUGAGCUGACACUCCAUCCAUUCCCCUACUCGUCCCCAUCGCACGCGGCCACCACCACCUCCUCCAUAUCUAUCUCCGCUCCCAACUCACACUCUCUCUAGCACAAGGAGGAGUAGAUCGGUCCGGUUAAAUUCGUCACAACCACCUGCACGUCGGCUCCACCUCGCCAUUGUCUUUGUUCCAAGCUCGUAUCUUGUGGUUGGGGAGGGGGGGGGGGGGGUAGGAGAUGAAGGGGCUGAGCGGGCCGAAGCUGCUGCUGGUCCACCCGUCCUCGAACAAGCCGUCCGGCGGCGCGGGGUCCCCGGGGGCCGCGGUUCUUGGCCCGCGGCGCCGGGUGUGCGCCGCCGUGUUCUUGGCCUGCUUCGCGUGCGUGUCCCUGGCGACGACGCUGCUGUCGGCCGCGCGGGACCCGGGGGCGGGUGGGGCAUCCGGGAGGUCGUCGGCGGCGUUCGCGGUGCCGGCGGGGGCUGGUGUCGGCGGCGCGGCAGCGGAGGCGGGGCUGCCGGGGUACGUGUUCGACGCCUUGGUGCAGUACGCAUCGGCGGGCGGGAACUCGACGCCGAGCAUGCCUGGCGCUGACGUGCGGGCCAUCGCGGCGGUGCUGAAGCGGCGCGCGCCGUGCAACCUGCUGGUGUUCGGGCUCGGCGGGGAGACACCGCUGUGGCGCGCGCUCAACCACGGAGGGCGCACCGUGUUCCUCGACGAGAACCAGUACUACGUGUCCCACCUUGAGGGCCGGCACCCGGGUCUGGAGGCCUACGACGUCGCCUACACCACCACCGUCCGCGAGUUCCCCGACCUCCUCGACGCCGCCCGCGCCGCACACGCUGCUGAGUGCCGCCCUGUCCAGAACCUCCUCUUCUCCGACUGCCGCCUCGCUAUCAACGACCUCCCCAACCAGCUCUACGACGUCUCCUGGGACGUCAUCCUCGUCGACGGCCCGCGCGGGUACACGGCGUCGUCACCGGGGAGGAUGUCGGCGAUAUUCACGGCGGGAGUGCUGGCGCGGACGCGGUCGGCGGAGGGCGCGGCGACGGACGUGCUGGUGCACGACUACGAGCGGGAGGUGGAGCGGGCGUGCUCGAGGGAGUUCCUGUGCGAGGAGAACCGCGUCGCUGAGACCAGCACGCGGUCGCUCGCGCACUUCGUCGUGCGCGGCGGGAGCGCCGUUCUCCGGGACGCCUUCUGCGGCGGCGCGGCUGCGGCCGCCCACUAGAUUUACCCUUACUUUCAUCUUCUUCUACUUUUUUUUAACCUCCUUCACGAGUGAUGGUUAAUGAUGAUGAUGUUGCUGUCGUAUGCGUGAAAAGAAGACAAAGGGUGAAUGGUGAAGGCUGUAAAAAUUGGUGUGACAAAAAAAGCAGAGGAAUGUGUCUCUGUCUUCGACGA